AUGGAGGCAACUUAUCCACACAUAUUCUACUUCCACUUUAAAAACCUACGGAAAGCCUAUGGUCGGAACGAAACCUGGCUGUGCUUCACCAUGAAAGUUAUAAAGUGGCCCUCACGUGUCUCCUGGAAGAGUGGCGUCUUCCGAAACCAGGUGGAUCCUGAGACCCAUUGUCAUGCAGAAAGGUGCUUCCUCUCUUGGUUCUGUGACGACAUACUGACUCCCAACAAAAACUACGAGGUCACCUGGUACACAUCUUGGAGCCCUUGCCCAGAGUGUGCAGGGGAGGUGGCGGAGUUCCUGGCCAGGCACAGCAACGUGAAUCUCACCAUCUUCACCGCCCGCCUCUACUACUUCUGGAAUACAGAUUACCAGGAGGGGCUCCGCAGCCUGAGUGAGAAAGGGGCCUCCGUGGAGAUCAUGGAGUACAAACACUUUAAAUAUUGUUGGGAAAACUUUGUGUAUAAUGAUGAUGAGCCAUUCAAGCAUUGGAAGGGACUAAAAACUGACUUUUGA